UUUUAAUCAAAUUGGAAGAAACAACCGCUUUAUAAAAGUACAGUUCACUUUUUAGAACCAAGUAUGAUACAUAAGCCAAUAUGUACAGAUAAAAACUGAAAGCUACAUACAUCAUACAAAUAAUACAAUUUAGUUUUGGAGGGGUACUAAUAUCGUACAUUGACGUACGUUUCUCCAACAAUGGUAACAGAACUCCUCGGAGUUGAAGAGUCCUGAAAAGACAGUGUUCCUGUCAUUUGAAGCCAACAGCACAAUAAAUAAAAGGCAGUGUGUCCAUCUUUGCGUGAGCCAUCUGUUGUGCAACUACAGUCUUAGCUGCUUGUACUUGCCGCUUACUAUCCCCACGAAGCAAGGGCACUCACUAUAGACGACGCCCUACUUGUUCCCUUCCCCCUCCCUGUUGCUCUCCUUCGGGUCCUCCCAAUUCCUGAGAAACGGGAGUAUGUGAAUGAGUGUCUGUCCAUCUCCCUCCGCCAUGUUGGAUCGUGUGGGUGUCAAAUAGGCUACCGGUGCUGCUGCUAAAGAAGGGAACAGCAGCCGUGAAAACAGGCUACUGGGUUUCACAAGACACAAAAGGUGUCACCGCUCGUGACGGGAUCGCGAGCUCUGUCUCAUGGGAUUUAGACAGACGCAAGACCGUUAGGGAUUUAACGGUAUUGUUACUGCUUGUUCUUUCCUUAAUUUCUUUAUUUACGCUUAAAGUUUUCAACUCUGCAAACCUUCAACGCACAUAGAAGAAAAGAAAGUCACAGGAAAGCUGGAGUAAGUGCUCUAGGAAACGCUGGUAUCAUGAUUUUCACUGGUUGGCAGACUCCUCUUCUUGAAGGAAGGAAAUGGUUUUAGCAAAGGGCAUUCAUGUACAGUUGAAAACGCACAUUUUUUUCAACUGGAUUACAGUACAAGAAAAAACAUUUUGUAAAAAAAAAGAAAAAAACAAAAACGAUUUAUUAGGUAAUCUGUUACUUUAGUUCAUCCUGUAAAAAGGAAUCCAAAAUGACAACUUCUGCUAUUAGACGACAAAUGAAAAACAUUGUUAACAAUUAUUCAGAGGCCGAAAUUAAAGUUCGCGAGGCAACUUCUAAUGAUCCUUGGGGACCUUCAAGUUCAUUAAUGACUGAAAUAGCAGACUUGACUUACAAUGUUGUGGCUUUCUCUGAAAUCAUGAGCAUGAUUUGGAAAAGGCUCAAUGACCAUGGUAAGAACUGGAGACAUGUGUACAAGGCCCUGACUCUCCUGGAUUACCUUAUAAAAACUGGAUCUGAGCGUGUGGCACAACAGUGUAAAGAGAAUAUAUUUGCUAUCCAGACACUCAAGGAUUUUCAGUACAUUGACAGAGAUGGUAAAGAUCAAGGUAUAAAUGUACGGGAAAAAUCAAAGCAGCUUGUGACACUCUUGAAGGAUGAUGACCGUCUUAAAACUGAAAGAGCUCAGGCUCUCAAGACAAAAGAGCGUAUGGCACAAGUGGCCACUGGAGUUGGGAGUAAUAAUCAGAUUUCUUUUGGUCGGGGUUCCAGUCAGCCAAACCUGUCUACAAGUUACUCUGAACAUGAGUAUGGGAAAUCUGGAGGGUCACCUGCCUCUUACCAUGGCUCCACCUCUCCUCGUGUUUCUUCAGAGCUAGAGCAGGCACGACCUCAAACCAGUGGAGAAGAGGAACUUCAGCUACAACUUGCUUUAGCCAUGAGCAGAGAAGUUGCAGAACAGGAAGAACGCCUUCGCCGUGGUGAUGAUUUGAGGUUACAAAUGGCCCUAGAAGAAAGUCGCAAAGAUACCAUUAAAGUUACAAAGAAAAAAGAGAAGGCUGCUGUAGUGGAUCUUAUCGAUUCAUUCCCUACAGAGACCCGUGCAGCCCAGAGUGCUGAGCCAUGGGGAACUACUGAUGCAGGAAGCAAGUCUGAUCCAUGGGGAGGAGAAGCAGCAAACGGAGCUGCUGCUUCUGACCCUUGGCAGUCAUUUGGUACCAAACCAGCUGCUUCUAGUGAUCCUUGGGGUGCAUCACCAUCAUCUGUUUCACAGAAAAUUCCUAAAAGUACUGAUCCAUGGACUUCCAAGCAGUCCACAUCUUCUGCACCUAAAGCUGGUGUAGAUGCAUGGGCAACAGUAACUGCAUCAAGUUCCCGGCAACCUGUUUCCACUCCUGGUGGCUCAUCAUUUGAUCCUUUCAGCAGUUUAAAUGGUGCAGAUAAGGAUGACUUUUCAGAUUUUGACAGUCUGCGAUCUACGUCAAAAAAGACAGGAGAUGAUCUUGGUGAGAGUUCAAUACUGCAUUCAAAGCACAGUGGCACAUCUAGUCCAGAGUUAUUUGAUUCUCAGCCAUCGACUACAGGUUCUGCAAAGCAGACACCAGCUCGGAAAACCCCAGAAUCCUUCUUGGGCCCCAAUGCAGCGUUAGUUAAUUUGGAUUCACUGAUAGCCAAACCAGCACCACCAUCUACUUUAUCUAAUCCUUUCUUAAGUCCAGGUUCUUCUGCACCAGCUCCAGUCAACCCUUUUCAGGUUAACCAACCUCAGCCUCUGACAUUAAACCAGAUGAGAGCAGGACCCAUCAUCGGAGUGGGGCAGCAGACGUUUAGCACAUUACCUACUAUGAACAUGGAGCCAUUGCCUCUCUCUGCCGUGACACCACCUCUUGCCAUGGGAACUGCUUCUGUACCAGCCAUGGGUGGAGUAGUACCACUGAGUAGAGUGGGUACAGGAGUGAACAUGAGUGUAGUUGGCUCUUUGCCUCAGCCUCUAACUAAUUCUGGAAUCCCCCCAAGCACUGUCCAACAGACAAAUACUACUAAUCCUUUUCUUUUAUAGACCUUAACAAAAAGACUUAAAGGAACUAUUUUUAGAUUUGGGUCAGAGGCUAAGUUCUAGAUGAUCUAGAAGGAAACAGUUGCUGCUGUACAAGUUGGUAUUUAAAUCCACUGAAGCAAGUUAAAGUUCACUCUUGUCAUUUCUGUUUCGAAUUGCAGCUGCUUUCGACCACAAAUGGUACCAUGCAGUGUGUUGCUUUAAUGCAUUUAAAACAUGGUGAGACUCAUUCAUAAAAAUACACGCUCUCUGAAUUUGCUCUGGCAUUACUGAACUCUCAUUGUACUUCACUUCUUUGUUGUAUCUGCUGUAGAAUAGUUGCCAUUUAACUUGCAUUAUGCAGUUCACAAAUGAUUUAUUGUUUCAGAAAUGUUUAUAACACAGUUCUAAAAUUCUAAUUUACAAAUACAUAUUUAAUAUAGAUAUAUAUUUUUAAAUUCUUGUAUUUGGCAUAGAGCUGUUUUAAUUGACUAUGUGUCAUUGUAGACCUUAGCUUGAACGGCAUAUUUUCAGGCUUUGCAAAUGUUUUCUGGCAUAAACCAGUAGUAACCACACUACUGUGGAAUAUACUGUAGCUGUUACUUGCCAAACAUUGCUGGUAUGUUCAUGAAUUUACAUCAUGUCAUGUGACUACUCUUAUCCUACUUUGCAUUUAUAUACAGAAGUAUAUCAGUUUUUGAGGAAUAUGGGUGAUAGUAACCUGUAUUGACUGAUAUAGCGUCUUGAGAUUUGAAUCAGUUUAGCUGUUUUUCUUGCAAAGUAAUAAAACAGUAUAGACUGUCUUGUUCAAGCUAAUUAGAGCAAGCUUUAAACUAUUUUUAAUGUAACAUUAUAAGUACCAUUCUACAGUUUUGCACACUUUACUUUAGAUCAGCUGCCUAUUUUAAAUUUUAGCUAUCAAGCAGUUGUUGCCUUUAGCUAUUUUUAUAUAGCGAUUCUUAUUUAAUGGUCUAGUUUUAUAUUAAAAAUGGGCAUUGGUAGAAAGAAUUCUUAGGAAGGAAAAAAUUCUUUGCAUUCUCAUUGCCCUUGUAUUUAUGGUUUUCCAGUUGUUUCUGUCUGCGGGAGAACUAAAGGGAGAAAAAUAAUGACAAUAAGCUAAAAUAAAUUUUCACUAACGAAAAUGAGUUUUGUGUAUAAAGAUGGCGCAGCACAUACAUUAAAGCUCGCCACCCCCCUAGUAACAUUUAAAACCUUCUACUGGUGUUUCGAGUAACAGCAUUACUGAUUUCAUUUUCUGAUGCCCCACCACCACCACACAUAUCUUUUUAUGCCUCCUUUUCCUUGCUGCUCUCUGGUAAUCAGCCUUUACCUGUAGUAGUCGUCUUUGCCAUGUCAAACAUUUUUGAUUGUGCUUUUUCUCAAACCACACUUGGUGAAGGACUGAUUUUAGCUCCUGGCAACCUUACAUUGUUUUGGUUUUCGGAGAUGCAUCACCAAAUGUUUGACAUGAAAGUGCAGUAUUUAAAAUGCAUAACAUAAAUUAAGUGAGCAGUAGUAUUAGUGCACAAGAAAGUUUUGAGUUUUAUGACCAUUUUUUUUUAAAGUUGCAUGUAGCUUUAAAUAACUGAGAUUGACAAACUUGGCUCCCAUGGUUAGUUCUGAUCUUUACUACAAGUGGUGUUUUGCUCCACCUUUAGUUUCUUUGAUAUCUCUUUGCGCAGAAGACUUUUAUAACUUAACAGUAUGAGAUUGACAUUGUACAAGAAAUCCAUACUUAGAUCAGAAAUAAGGGGUCAUUUUACUGGCAACAGUUUCUCAAGGGAAAUAAAUGUUAUUUUAACUUAUUUUAGUUUCUGCUUUUGUAUGUAAAGCACAUAUAUUUAACAAAACUUGUCUGUCUGGCACAUACCCGGGUAACUUUUGUGAUAAUUUUCCUGCUGUUAGUUUGAGUGAUGGUGCACAGAAUGUUGUCACUCCAAACCUGAUUAAAACUAAGGAUAAAACAUUUGAGUUAAUGUGAGUGCCACUCAAGUUUCUCUUUUAUAGUGAUACAGAUACUUAUUAGAUGGCAUAUAUUUAAAAAGUUACUAUUACAUUUGUUCAUUAUUAUCAGGACUUUUCUCAGUAUAACUACCAUACAGUCUGGUAAUUGGAUGUAUCGGUAUAGUUUAAGAAAUUCAUAGCUAAACAGAGUGGAAGUGUUCAUGGCUUUAUAUAAGAUUAAUACUGUACUCUCCUCAGCUUUUUAGGCUGGAAAGAUAAAAGCUUUGAUAUUCCAUGGGGAAGAGCCCACCUAUAGUCAAAAUGUGGAACUUGACUUUCCACAGACAGAUUUCCAUGUAGUCUUUAAUACUCUUUGCACUAAAAAGCAGCAUUUUAGGGAUGAAGGCAUUGUGUGAACUUGUCACAAAAGUGGCAGAACAUUAGUUAGAGGAACGCACUGACUUUUCAAUGGUGUUUUGAAGAUGCUGAUGCUCUAGACCAACUGAAAUUUUAACUAAAUAAAAAACCUUUGGGUGGUAAGGCUUUAAUGCUUUAUAUCUGAAAAUAAAGGGAGUACAGGUAAGCACAAUUUUAGUAUAACAUUGUUGAGGCUAGAAUACUAACAAAAAAUUGCUGGUGAGUUGAGUGGUAAGAUUAUGAAAGUGAUUUCUGUUAGUUUUCAGCUGGAGCCUCCUACACUCACUGCACUGUUUGUUUGUUUUGUAUGGAGAAUUGUUCAACAAAAAAAUACAUUGGCCAGAGCUGUAGGAGUGCAAUGAUUUCUUUCUUUGGUGCUAAAAUGUGUGCUUUUUUAAAAAUAAGCUACCCAGUAAUAAUCUUAUUGGUCCAGUGGGUUUAUAAAGUGCAAUGCAGCAAAUCUAAGAGUAGCUUUUUGAAAAUAAGCCCUGCUAUGCACAUAUGGCAUUGUAUGUAUGUAUGUAUGUAUGUAUGUAUGAUUGUGUUUUUAUGGACCUGUAUUUAUUGACUGAAAUUUGCUAUGUAGAAAAAGCUGUGUACCAUCAGGAACAAAAAUGUUUUAUUGUGCUGUUUACAGUCCUUUUUAACCACAUAACUAAUGCAUUAAUUCUAAGUGUCAACAUGCCUACCUUUUUGCUGUAACUGUUUCUGAUGUACAAGUAUUCAUGUGUAUUUUAUCUGUAUUAAUAUUUACAUAUGUUGUGGAAAGCUUAGUCUUUUUCACAGCAGAUGACUUUACAGAAAAAUGCCCUUUGUUCAUGUUUUCAUAUAUUUACGUGUAUUUUACAAAACUGUUUUCAUAUUAUUGAAAGCAGGCUGCUUUUUAUUUGUGCUGACUGAUGACAUUAUUCACUGUACAAUAUAAUUUAUCAUUUGUAUUAUUGUAACUUAACGUUCUUUGUUUUUAUUGUGUGAUGCAUUUGUGUGUCUUUAUGAAGAAUAUCAUAGGAAGUUUUUGGUUAGGCCAUCUGAGUAGCAGCAGUGACAAGGAAGCUUGUUUGUAUGUAGGGGUAAGAAUUAAAACAAUAUUGUUUACA